AAAAAGAUAAAAAGAAACUGCUGAAACAUGAAUCACUUGUAUGAAAGGUCCCAUUGAAGGCUGAAAAUAGUUGAGUCGAACGGAGGAAAUGGCUGAAUUUGAUACAUGUUGGUAUUUCCGAAUCCGGAAUGCAAUGGUGAUUUUUGAAAGAAAGCUUUUUGAAAACUAUCAACACAUGAGGCCAAAGCAGCACUAUUAGAGAGGUUGUUUCAUAAUGUCAAUUGAGCUUCAUAAUUGUUUGGCUUCCUUUUCAGGUUUUGGAAUAUAUAAAGAAGCCUCGAGAUCCUUUUCUACUAGAUUCAAUAAUGUUAGAUUCAAUAAUGUUUUAAUUUAUCAUCAAUCAAUUCAAAUCAAUUGAACUCAAUCAAAUCAGUCACUCUUUUAUUUAAAUAUGAAAUUCUCAACUGCUUUCGUUUAUGCUUUUGUUUUAGCUUUAGCUAACAAUGUUUUUGCUGAAGAAGCUCCAGCCAACCAAGAAGAAGAAAAAGUCGGUACUUCAAAAGGUGUUGAAUUCCCAUUCUCUGAUGAUGCUAUUAUUGAAGCUGUUAACUUAGGUUCAGAUAUUGCUCCAAUUGUCUUAGAUGAUGCUGUUUACUUUAUCAACACCACUAUUGCUGAUUCUGAAUUAUCAAAAUUAUCCAAGAGAGAUGCUGAAGCAUGGCAAUGGAGAGUUUGGAGAAACGGCCAACCAAUGUAUAAAAGGGAAGCUGAACCAGAAGCUGAUGCAUGGCAUUGGAGAACCUGGAGAAAUGGUCAACCAAUGUACUAGGUGAUCUUUCUCCUUUGAUUGUUUGGAAUAAUAUAUUUUUUGUCCUCUUUUUUAUCUCCUUUUAAUACUUUUUUGCAAAAUAAUUCUAUCCAGGCAUCUUC